AUGCACGAACAAGUGAGUCAACUGCAUCAUAGCUGUUUACAACUACGUGAUACAAACAGAAGACUAAAUGAAGAAAACCUCAAAAUGCAGAGAUAUUCGAGAAGUUUUAACUUACGGUUCGGAGGUGUCCAUGAAAUAGAAGGCGAAGACUGCCUACGCGUGGCAAAGCAGAUUUUACAGAGCAAGUUCGGAAUGGAAAACGCAGAGAUCGAGAACGCACAAUCUGAACUGACACAGCCAGUGCAUACCUUUGCACCGUCAGACGUGAGGUUGGGAACAGCCACUGAUGUGAUGACACGUGAUAACGAGGGCGACACUUACGGAAUAUCGGAAGCUUGGCAGACUGGAAUUAUUGUAGCAGUUGUACUCUUCUCGGCCCUGGUAAUGAUUGUCACUGGGUUCCUGGGAUGGUUCUUGCCAAAAAGUCAAAUUAUUCCAUCGGCGUCUAGUUCACGUCAUAUGGAAAGGAUUCAUCGAAAUAACACGCCAAGGAGACAGGGAGGGUAUAUGUCGUUGUUGAAAAAGAGACUGUUGGAACGAAUCACGGAAAAUAACCUAAACAGCAGACGCGAUUUGAAUGAUGUCAAGAAAUUUGUACAUAAAAAUAACAUACCGAUGCCAGAUUUUACUGCAGCUCGACGUUUGAACAACGGGACGUUCUAUGGUCGGGACACCACGUACAUAAGUAUCAGUAAACGUAACGGAAUUGCUUAUUUAGAAAUGAUACGACCUGAAGGGGCACCUGUACCGUCUCGUCUGAAAAGAUGCAACAUUGAACUAGAACAGGUAGCUAUGAGAAGUGACAAUGAAACAGUCCAGGGGGAACCACAGCUCCUACCACCAUUACCACCAUCACCACCACCAUCACCAUCACCAUCACCACCACCACCACCAUCAUCAUCAUCACCACCAUCAGCAUCACCAUCACCACUACCAACACCAUCACCACCCUCACCACAACAACUGGAACAGUCACCACCAACAGCACAGCGGUCAGAGGAACACUCGCAAGAUCAAUCUGAACAACAACCAGUUGCAGAGCAACGCCAGCAACAAUCUGAACCACAAUAA